CAAUUACUUAUAUAUACUGUACGUACAUAUAUUAUUAAAUCCACGACUCUGUAUAUCCAUAUACUAAUACACUUGUUUUGUGUUUUAAACGUGUAUAAUUGGUGGUGUGGUAGUAAUUAGGUGGAGAGUUAGGACGAUGGCCUUGUGCGUGUACCAGGUGUAGUGAGGUGGCCGCUGCUGGGGGGAGUCACGCCUCGCCUUGCCCUCUUCUUCAGUUCUAGUUAGCCAAUGAUGGAAAAAGAAACAACUUAUAAUCAGAUGUAUGAACCAUCCUACAAAUAUUGUGUUGAACGGAAUUCUGAAGAUUUACAAAAUGAAGAAGCAAAGGGUAGGCCUACCGAAGAAAAGACAGCAGUGGCUGUUAAGAUUACAGAAGCACCAUAUAAUAAUGAGAAGGUUUGGUCACAAGCAAUGGGACAUUCCGAUGAUGAGAGAUAUCCCACUGAAGGGAGACAUCCUCAUAAAGAAGUAUGUCAACAUAAAGACAGGCAUCUCCAUGAUAAAAAACAAUUCCAUGAAAUGGAGCUUCCUCGUAGAGAAAGACAGCUUCAUAAUGAGAUACAUUCCUAUGAAGGUGGACAUUACCAUGAACAAAAAAGUCACCAUGACAUGGGAAGUCCUCACGAACAUAGAUAUGGCAAUGAGCAAAGAGAGAGCCCCAUGAAAAUAGACAUCCCUAAUAAAGUCAAACCACCUUGUGAAGUCAGACAGCCACAUGAAGCUAGACAGCCCUGUGAAGAUGGAAAACUCCAUGAAGUCAGACAGUCUUAUGAAACCAGACAACCUUAUGAAGGCAGACAACCUCAUGAAAUCAGACAGCCUCACCCUCAUACACCUAAACAGCCCCAUGAAGAUAGAAACCUCCAUACACCUAAACAGCCCCAUAAAGAUAGAAACCUCCAUACACCUAAACAGCCCCAUAAAGAUAGAAACCUCCAUACACCUAAACAGCCCCAUGAAGACAGAAACCUCCAUACACCUAAACAGCCCCGUGAAACCAGACAUCCCCAUGAAAUCAUACAGCCCCAUGAAGAUAGAAACCUCCAUACACCUAAACAGUCCCAUAAAGAUAGAAACCUCCAUACACCUAAACAGCCCCAUGAAGAUAGAAACCUCCAUACACCUAAACAGCCCCAUGAAGAUAGAAACCUCCAUACACCUAAACUGCCCUAUAAAGAUAGAAACCUCCAUACACCUAAACAGCCCCAUGAAACCAGAGAGCUUUAUGAAGCCAAACAGCCUUGUGAAGUUAGACAGCCCCAUGAAGAUAUAAAACCUCAUGAAGACACAAAAUCCUAUGGCAGCAUACCCUCUCACAGUGACAGACAUUUCCAUGACAGCAAACAUUCCAAUGAUGACAGACAUUCCCAUGACAGCAGACAUUCCCAUGAUGACAGACAUUUCCAUGACAGCAGAUAUUCCCAUGAUGACCGACAUUUCCAUGACAACAGAGAUUCCCAUGACAACAGACAUUCCCAUGAUGACAGACAUUCUCAUGGUGACAUGCAUUUCCAUAAAGGUACAUGUUUCCAUAAGAGUACAAAUCCCCAUGAGGCCAAUGAUUUCCCUGAUAAAGGACAGCACCAUGGAAUUGAAAAUCUACAAGAAAUGAGUUAUUCCUUAAAAAUCAAUAGUGAUGUUGUGGCUUGGACAAUUAAGGAAAUACACACUCUUAUUAAAAGAAUGAAUCACAUGGCCUCUAAUGUAAAGAACAAGUCCUGUUGGGCUGCAGUCAAGAGUGUCGAUUGGGAGAAAGUUGCUUUUGAUCCUUAUUCUGCUGAAGACUGUAAGACAAAGUUUCGAUUUUUACUGAAAAGAAUUGGAGCAACAAAAACUAUGACAGCGCUCCUCUCAGAAAUGGAGGGGAAGAUUGCCAGUGGAGAGAUAACAAAACAUCUAGUUUUACAACCAAAGAAUUUGUUUAUAAAGAAUUUUUUAAAAGUUAAUAAAAAUAUUGAGCCGAAGAACUUGUUUUCUGCGGCUCAUAAGGCAUGGGAGAAUUUACCAUCAACAGAAAAGGAUGCUUAUGCUAAGUUUGUCACCAAAGCUAACAAGAAUGUCAUCCCAUCAAAUGAUGAACCACCUUGUAUUCCAAAAUCACCAUUUGAGAUAUUUUAUAAUCAUCAGUGUGCAAAGAAUAAGAUGAAAAACUUGGAGUUCAAGAAAUUAAUGAAAGCAAAAUAUUUCUCUCUUAGCCCAGCAAAAAAACUAAAAUACAUUAGUUUAUCAGCUCAGGAUCUUUACAUUUAUGAGCUUGAAGCUUCCAAGUAUCGUGAAAGACAUCCUGAGUGGAUUUGUAAUAUAAGAAGAGGACCCAGUAAAGAAGAGAGUGAAAUGUACCUGAGGUACAUUGGAAUGCCAUCUCGCCCACCAAGAACGGCUUUCUUGUGUUACUAUUAUGAAAUGCUCAAGAAAGGCAAGUAUAAUAAUGUCCAGGCAAUGCUGCGACAGUUUUAUGCCUCUGAGGACUUCAGAAAAUUAUCUCCUGAUGAGAAGGAGAUGUACAGAAGAAUAUCUAAGGAGAGACAGGAAAAGUAUGUUGCCGAGUUUUCAGCAUGGAGAGAAAAGCAGGAUGUCAGUGAUCAAAUACUUGCAGACAAAUUCUUAAAUAAAAAGCAAAUCAUUGAAGCUCCACUUAUCCCUCAACCUUUGAAGAAAACUUUGUCCAAUUAUGUGGGGGAAAAUGUUUACCAGGGCCUAAAGAGAAAGAUCUUUACAAGUUCAAAUAAAAAUUCAUCUGCAGAUUCAGAGGAAGAGCCACUUCAUGGUCCAUGUAAAAGUGCAUUGUCUGGUACACAUAAAAAUGUUUUUCCUGGUCCAUAUAAAAGUGAAAUACCUGGUCCAUAUACAAGUGAAAUACCUGGUUCAUAUAUAAGUGAAAUACCUGGUCCAUAUAUAAGGGAAAUAUCUGGUCCAUAUAUAAGUGAAUUUCCUGGUCCGUAUAGAAAUGCAUCUGCAAAUUCAGAGGAAAAUGCACUUUCUAAUGUAGAUAAAAAUGCUUCUACUAGUUCAGUAUAUUCCCGCCAAAAACAAAUAGAACAUGUGCAGUGUCCUAAUAUCAUUAAAGAAUCAUCAUGUAUUUCAAAACAAAUUUUAAGUGAUAAUAAAAGGGCUAAAAUGGAAACAGAGAUGAUGGGUCGAAAUAAAGAAAUUAAAAAUUUAUCUUCCAUUGUAACUUUAAAUGAUUUCAUUAGGCAGUUCAUGCCUAAACCAGAAGAAGAUUUGAUAUCAAAGAUAGAUAAACUGAAACAGUGGAAAAUAUUAUCUAGAGAACUUCAACUUAAUAAUGAAGAGGAGCCCAUGCUUAAGGAUUGCUUGAAGCGAUUAAAUGAUAAUUACGAGAGAUGUAUCUAUACAGAUGUUUCAAGGUUAAGUACAGAGUGCAGGAGAAGAUUUUUUAGUUCAUAUCGACAUAUGUUAGAAUAUUACUUUGGAUAUGAUAUUUUUGAGAAUAUGUAUCCCUCCACAGAAUAUCCACCUUUAAAAUAUCCUAUAUUUUAA